AUGGCCCCUAGCCCACAGCGGCAACGCCCAAAGAUAAGCUGGUGGACGCGAAUGAAAUGGCGAUUGCGAUCCAUGGAGAGCCCACUGGUUCUUCGAGGAACUGUUAAACGUCUUCGUCUCCACAGGUGGCCAUAUCUUGCUCUCCUUCGCCUAUGUCUACCGACUACCUCCUUAUCCUGGUCAUACGCUGUACCUGAACCCCUCCCUCCUCUAUCCCUCGUCAACGAUCCACCGCUGUGUUGGAAACGUCGAUGUGAGGGCGAUAUAAAAAAUUUGCAAGCAAUUCCCAUCUGGCGCUCUCGCGAUACACCUCUCCGCUCGCUUUAUCGUCUCUAUGAGGCAGUGAUGGGGGGAGAUGAAAUGCUACCCGUCGUUGGAUACGAGACUGAAUACUUCUUUUACCAAGGCCGACGGGCAUGGGAACUACACCGUAUUCCUGAUCCAUGUGAUCCUGAUCCUAUUCGCUACGCGAUCCUUGCUUGUAUAGUCGAAUCGUUGCUACAUGCUAUCAACUGGCGCUUGAGCAUCGGACUAAGGAGGAAUGGUAAGCACAUUCCACCAACAAAUUAUGAUGGUGUGAACAAUCCAUACGCUCCAUAUGACCCGGUUUCUUUACCAGCAUGGACACAACGUGUUCCGCCUGUUGAUAAGCAAUAUAUUGCAAAAGUUAUGCCCGAGAGAAUGAUUGAUCCGAGAGGAAGGUUGGUGCUACAUACAGAUGCGGAGAGCGACAUCUUCGAAAAGAGAAAUAUAGUCGCAUCGGAGCAUAAAUUCUGGACCAUUUAG